AUGUGGACUGCUGAAGGCGUGGAUCGUAAAUUCCGGAUCGCGGCGCGCGGCGGCAAGCAGCAGGAGCGCGGCGACGGCUUCGUGAAGAGCAUCGAGAUUGACGGCGAGGAGAUCCCUCGCAUGCAGGUUGGCGAUAGGGUUACCAGCGUCGGUGGAAUGACGAUCGAAUUCCGCGGGUUAGAAAAGGAGGGCCCGUUCGAUGUGGAUUAUUACAUGCUGUCCAUCGCAGGGUUAAUUACCCUCGACCUGCGCCUGCGCGUCGCGCACCCCAAACUCCAGACCCCGACGGACGCCGAGGCGCACAUCAACGUCGGGAUUGCCGAGCUUGAGCACACAGACGAAAUUCACGGAGUGCUCGGACAGACCUACCGCGCAGAUCAUGCUGCCCGCGCCGCGGAUUUCCAGCGCCUCGUCGCGAACCUGCACCGUCCGAUUUCCGCCGAUGGCACGGAGGGGAAGGGGUUUUUGGAUGGGACACCCCGGUCGUACGAGGCGAGCGAUGUGUUUGCUGUGGACUGCGCUUAUACCGCGUAUGGCCGCGCUAGGAAGGUGAUGCCUGUGCAGGACUUCCCGUAA